AUGGCGCCCGAAGAGAAGAAGAAGGACCCCAGGUCCUGGCGCGGCCUCACACCUCCUCUGGCAGAAUGGAUCCUCGAUUUCGUCUCCAGCCAAGGCUUUCAGCGCAUGACGCCUGUCCAGGCAGCAUGUCUUCCCCAGUUCCUCGGAAACAAGGACGUUGUAGCCGUCACCGGCUCCGGCAAAACCCUCGCUUUCCUCCUCCCCCUAGUCCAAAAGCUCAUGCGCCUCUCCGAGCCCACGAAGCGCGGUCACGUCUUCGCCAUUGUCGUCUCCCCGACUCGCGAGCUUGCAAUCCAAAUUCACACCGUUCUUCAGUCUCUCGUCGGCUUCCACCCACCAUCAGCAGAGAUCCUCCCGUAUCUCAAGGAGGACGACAAGCGCCCCGACACCGCCGUUCCCGUAAUCGUGCCUCAGCUGCUCGUCGGUGGAAACACCACGACACAGCAGGAUCUCAGCUUCUUCGUUAGACAUGCGCCCAAUGUUCUCGUCUCCACACCGGGACGUCUGGUUGAGCUCCUGGCCUCUCCCCACGUGCACUGCACGCAAGCGACCUUCGAAUUGAUGAUUAUGGACGAGGCGGAUCGUCUGUUGGAUAUGGGUUUCAAGCAGGAUAUCCAGAGAAUUCUUUCCUACCUGCCGAAGCAGAGGAGAACGGGUCUUUUCAGCGCAUCGGUGUCGGAGGCCGUAUCCCAGAUCAUCACAGUUGGUCUGCGAAACCCCGUCAAGAUUGCGGUCAGGGUGAAGAGUUUGAGAGACGGCGGCAUUAUCGAAGACCGGAAAACGCCCAUCAGCUUGCAAAUGUCCUACCUCGUCACACCAGCAAGCCAGAAGCUCCCAGCGUUAUGCAAGCUUCUGGAGAACCUCAGCCCCCGCCCGCAGCGGAGCAUCGUGUUCCUGUCAUCAUGCGCUGCGGUCGACUACUUCCAACACGUCCUACCUACCAUCCUCCCUAGCGGCUUCACACUCGUGCCAUUGCACGGAAAGCUCCCUCCCAAGGCGAGAGAAAAGAGUUUCGCCAAGUUCGUCAACUCAGUAUCUCCAUCCGUCCUCCUCUGCACAGAUGUCGCUGCCAGAGGCCUCGAUAUCCCCCAGGUCGACUUUGUCUGCCAAGUCGACCCUCCUUCAGAUCCCAAGGUCUUUAUCCACAGAAGCGGACGCGCCGGAAGAGCAGGCAGGAAGGGUCUCUCCGUCGUCUUCCUGCAACCCGGCCACGAGGAGGACUACAUUCCCUUCCUCGAAGUCCGCAAGACCCCUGUCCAGCCCCUCACAAAACCCGAAGUCGUCGUCUCCGAAGAGGAAGCCAACGAAGCCUCCGAGAAGUUCCGCGACAUCCUCCGCAGCGACCGCGCCUACAACGACAAGGCCCAUAAAGCCUUCGUCAGCUGGGUGCGCAGCUACAACGCCCACCAGACGACCUCCAUCUUCCGCGUCAAGGACCUCGACUGGGCCGACCUCGGCAAGGCAUGGGGCCUGAUCCGCCUACCGCGCAUGCCCGAGACGAAGUCGUGGGACGGCGACAAAUGGCUCGGUAACGAGGGCUUCGACUGGGACGGCUAUGCGUACAAGGACAAGACUCGCGAGGCCGCCCGACAGGCGGCGAUGGAAGCGGAGAGGAACGGCGAGAAGGAGGCCGCGGCGAACGAGGCGAAGAGGAAGCGCAAGACCAACGAGGCGUGGAGCAAGCAGACCGACAGAGACGAGGUGCGGACGGAACGUAGGGAGAAGAGGAGACGCAAGAAGGAGGCGGAGAGGAUGUCAACUAUGACGGAUGAAGAGAAGAUCAAGGCUAUGGAGCUGAACGAGCUGAUUGCCGAGGUGAGGAGGAGGAAUCAGGCGAAGGCGGCUGGGCAGGCGAAGGACGACGACGAGUUUGAGGGGUUCGAUGAUUAA